AUGAGGAAGAGUAUUGCGGCUGGAUUCAACCAGACAGUCAGCAGAUUCAUCGCAAGCCAAUCUCGUCUCAAUCACUCACAGGCCAGACAUGCCGCCUGGCCUACAACCGAUGGUACAUGUCGCCAGGACCUGUUUCAGUUAAAGCUGGAACAAAUGAUGCGUCUCUAUGCCGGCGGAAUUGCCGUGAAACGGGGAAAAAUGAGGUGA